GCCGCAGUAGCAGCAGAGAAAGAGAGAGAGAGAGGAGAGUGAGAAAGAGAGAGGGGAUAUACCCCACGGUCGAUGCCUAUAUAGCCAGCUACGAACGCAACAGAUCGUUUCAGUCGUUGUCUCUCGUCUCGGGAUUUGUUAGCUUCCCCCUUUUUUUUUAUUACACGUCCUCGGAUCAGCCUCGAUUCCUCCGAGGACUCGCGAUACACUUUCACGAUGUUAUACGCCGUCGUGGUUUGAUCGAACGACCGUCUAACGAGCCGAUCAGCUUCGCCGGCUCGCGGUUAUCGCGAUCGAAGUGGUGCGCGAGGAGGUGGCGAUAACGAUUCGCGCGCGCGAGGAUCAGGGAUCACCGGCAUGUUCUCCGGGACGUAAAGCGGAGUCUGCUCGCCGCGCGGAAGCUGGGGAGAAGUUUGGCGGUAAAAAAAAGAAAAGUGCCUCCGUUAUCUCAAAUAGGUAUCUCGUUUCGCACCGCGCGGAUACAGGCUGUUUUAAUUGUGCGCGCGUGGCGCAGCAUCCUGAAGGCUGGAUCCGAAACGCGCCCGUAGCACGAAGAAACUGUUACCUCCCAUCUUCUCCCGCGGUACUUCGGAGGUCUCGGUCGACAGUGACAUGCCGCCGCAGGAGAAGUUUCCGGCGACCGCCGGGGUCUCUAGGGAUCUGUCCCCGCAGGACGCGAGCCCCGACGGGGGCCUGUCGGCCUCUGCCUCGUCCGACGGGUUCCCGGCAGCCAAGGACCGCAAGAGCGGCGACGACCAGGACGACCAGGAGCAGCCCAAGGACCUGGACUUCGACGACCUGCUGCCGCACGUGGGCGAGUUCGGCACCUACCAGAGGAUCCUGUUUGUGCUGAUGAUACCGUUCGCCUUCUUCGUCGCCUGGGUGUACUUCUCGCAGAUAUUCAUCACCCUCGUGCCGGAGCAGCACUGGUGCCGCGUGCCGGAGCUGGAGAACCUCACGGCCGAGGAAAGGAUCGCCUUGGCGAUACCGGCCGCCGAGGAUGGCUAUUCCAAGUGCACCAUGUACGAUGUGAACUAUACGGAGAUCCUGUUGGAAGGGAUCAGAGAGGCGGAUCCAAACUGGCCGACGAGGGGUUGCUCGCACGGCUGGGAGUUCAAUUUUACCGACAUCCCCUACGAAACCGUGGCGACCGAGUUGGGAUGGGUGUGCGAGCACAGCGCGCUGCCGACGACCGCCCAGAGCGUCUUCUUCAUCGGCGCGAUCUUCGGCGGCCUGAUCUUCGGGUGGAUCGCCGACAGAUACGGCAGAAUACCGGCGCUAGUCGGCGCCAAUGUCACCGGCUUCCUGGCGGGCGUCGCGACCGUCCUGGCCGGAAGCUUCUGGGAGUUUGCGCUAUGCCGCUUCUUCGUCGGCUUUGCCUUCGACAACUGUUUCACCAUGAUGUAUAUAUUGGUACUGGAAUACGUGGGACCGAAAUGGCGCACUUUUGUGGCGAACAUGUCGAUAGCGCUCUUCUUCACGUUCGCCGCCUGCAUCUUACCCUGGAUCGCGUAUUACCUAGCCAACUGGAGGAUGACCUGCAUCGCAAUAUCCGUUCCUCUGGCCCUGGCGGUGGCGGCACCCUGGCUGGUACCGGAAAGCGCGAGGUGGCUUGUCAGUCAAGGCCAAGUGGAGAAAGCCAUUAGGAUCCUGGGUAAAUUCGAACGCAUGAACGGCACGAAAGUACCCGAGAACGUCUAUCAACAGUUCCGCGAAACCUGCGCCAGAGUAUGCAAGGAGCAAGAGGCGGACAAGACUUACUCCGUGGUGGAUCUAUUUAGGAGUCCGCGUUUGCGAAAUGUUACAAUGCUCCUGAUUAUUAUCUGGAUGGCGAUAUCGCUGGUAUUUGAUGGUCACGUAAGAAACGUGAAUAAUCUCGGGCUCGACGUCUUUGUAACAUUUACCAUCGCGGCGUUUACCGAGCUACCCGCCGACACGUUCCUCACCCUCGUUCUCGAUCGAUGGGGCAGACGAUGGUUGGCCUGCGGUACCAUGGUAAUUUCCGGAAUUUUCAGCAUUUGGGCGAGCGCGGUUUCGAACAACAUUUAUUCGGCCACCCUGGCGAUCGUCGGUAGAUUCUGGGUCAACAUCUCGUAUAAUAUCGGUCUUCAGUAUGCGGCCGAAGUGUUGCCGACGGUUGUAAGGGCUCAAGGGGUUGCCUUGAUCCAUAUAAUGGGAUACGUCGCCAGCAUCCUCGCGCCCUUUGUCGUUUACCUGGACAUUGUCUCGCCCAUUCUGCCACUGCUGGUCCUCGGCGUCAUAGGCAUUCUGGGCGGUCUCUUGACGCUCCUUUUGCCGGAGACACUCGACAAGGAUCUGCCACAGACCCUCCAGGAUGGCGAAGAUUUCGGAAAGGAUCAGAAGCUAUGGGACAUGCCAUGUCUUUCAAAGAAAAAGCCCGCGGAUGUGGAGGCACCGCCAGUGGUGGCAGUCUUCCGGCCGUUCGAACGCUGCAGCCUACGAAGUUCAAUGAGAGCUUCUAUUCGCGGCGAGACCCUGAGGAGCAGCAUGAUACAAAGAUCGAGCAUAAGAUCGCGGAAAAGUGUAAACGCAGCCACGGAAGCGGAGAGCAAGACGAUGAAGAAUUCGAACGGCACGAAGAACCCCAUAGAUACCGCGGAUCCGAACGAAAGUACUACGCUAAGGCCGAAGUUGGAGACCUUCGACGAUAUCUUGCCGUAUGUCGGCGACUUUGGCAGAUAUCAGUGGCUGCUUCUAUUGGCCUUGCUUCCCUACAGCGUGGCCUACGUCACCCUAUACUUCUCGCAGUUCUUCCUCACCCUCGUGCCGCAGGAACAUUGGUGCAAGAUAGAAGAACUGAUCCCUUUAAACCUUACGCAGGAGGAAAGAGUGGAGAUCGGCGCACCAAGGUCGCAGAAUUAUCCGUAUUACGAUCGAUGCCAUCGGAGGGAUUUCAAUUUUUCUGUUAUUCUAAAUCAUAGGAAGGACAUUCGUUCGAUCGAAUUGAAGGCAAACAGAACCGUGGAUUGUAGCCACGGAUGGGAGUACAAUUUCACGCUGAUCCCGUACGCCAGCAUAGCGGCUGAGCUAGAUUGGGUAUGUGACCAGGAAUAUCUCAUAUCGACGGCACAGUCGAUCUUCUUCUGCGGCUCCAUCAUCGGCGGUUUACUGUUCGGAUGGAUCGCCGACCACAGAGGCCGGAUUCCCGCCUUGAUGCUCUGCAACGGCAUCGGGUUCCUGGCCUCGGCCGCAACCGCGAGUGCGAAUACCUUCUGGUCCUUCGCCGCCUGCAGAUUCUUCACCGGUCUGGCUUUUGACAAUUGCAUCAACAUCCCGUUGAUUAUCGUGCUCGAGUACAUGGCCGUGAACAGACGAACCCUCGUCGUUAACGUUGCCUUCGGCGUAUACUUCGCCGUGGGAAGUACAGUUCUGCCGUGGAUCGCAUAUUACGUCGCAAAUUGGAAAUUCUUCGCCUAUGUCAGCGCAAUCCCGAUGAUCAGCGCCUUCAUCACACCGUGGAUUCUUCCCGAAAGCGCACGAUGGUUCGUCGCCAACGGCAGAUUAGAUAAAAUGGUGCAGAAGUUGCAACGAAUAGCGAAGAUCAACAGGAAGUGCCCCGACAUGCGCAUCUACGAGGUCUUCGUCAGAAACUUGACCGCAGUCGAUUCCCAAAGGGAAAGCGCGACCAUCUUCGAUAUCCUGAAGUCACCGCGCUUGGCGAAGAACACCGUCCUGCUAAUCUUCUUUUGGUCCUUGACGAUGAUAGCUUUCGACGGCCACGUAUACUCCCUCAAGCUGAUCCCGAGCUCGGUGUUCGUGUCCUUCUCCCUCGCCUGCGCGACGGAGCUGCCGGCCGGGCUGUUGCUGACGUUGCUACUGGACCGCUGGGGUCGCCGAUUCUGCGGAUUUAUCACUCUGGCCAUGACUUGCCUCUUCAGCUUCGCCGAACUGCUGUUACAGUCGAUCGCAGCGAAGCUGUCCAUGUCGGUGCUUUCGCGAUUUUGCUUGAAUAUGUCAGCCAACGUGGGCCUCCAGUACGCCGCCGAGUUGCUGCCGACACCCAUCAGGACCCAAGGCGUCGCACUGAUCCAUAUUUUUGGCAUUAUCGCCCAUUCCGUCGCGCCAUACGUGGUGGAUAGCGCCAAGAUUUGGGACGGGCUGCCGAUGAUGAUUAUCAGCAUCGUGUCGUUCGCAGCCGCCACCCUGGUGUUGUUCCUACCGGAGACGCUCGGUCGCGAUCUCCCGCAGACCCUACGGCAGGGGGAGGACUUCGGCAAGGAGCAAAGCUUCUGGACACUGCCCUGCUGCGAGCGGCCGCAUUCGAAUCGACAUCGGCAUUAUCGUACACGCGAGCUGUAGUCUUUUCAAUUCCAUUGUACAACAAUCCUCGGCGAUCGUCGAAGAAAACGUUAAGUUAAUAUUAGUUAAGGAAAGAAAUUUGCGCCGCGCGUUCGCGCGCGUGGCACGUGACAAUACUAUAAAUAAUUAAGCUCCUUUCCGUACGAAUUAAUAAAGUUCUUAGACAAGGUCGGGAUAAUCUUCCGAUCUGAGCAUUUUCUGAGAGGGGAUACUGAGAGAGUAAAUGCGUGAGAACAGAAUUUACACGAUGGUAAAACAACUUGUCCUUUUAUUUUACACUGUGAAUCACCAUUAGAUGACAAUGAGUGAAAUGGCAUCGACAUCUUCCGUGAUUAUCAAAGAAAUCUUCAGGUUUGGCAGUGAAGGAUGAAAAAUGUGUCUUUAUGCGGUGAACGCCGUGCCGGCCUAUGUACAUUAUCAUAAAUUACAUACCUAAAUAUAUAUAACAUAAAA